UGAAAGGCUCUUCACAGACCUGCGGACUGCUUGGAAGGACAGAAGCCGAAGUUCGCUGGGAUUUGUUCACGAGGGAAAGCAGAGGCAAUGUCUUGGCUCUUUCCCAGAGCCACAGGGGCUCUGGCCAUUUUCAUGGUGGUCAUAUUGGUUCAUGGAGAACUGCGAAUAGAGACAAGAGGACAACAUGAAGAAGAUGUGACAGCAGUGCAACACACCAAAAGAAGGUACAAACGUGAAUGGGUGAAAUUUGCAAAACCCUGAGACAACUCAAAGAGAAACCCAAUUGCCAAGAUUACUUCUGAUUUCCAGGCUACCCAGAAAAUUACUUACCGAAUUUCUGGGGUAGGAAUUGAUCAGCCUCCUUUUGGAAUCUUUGUUGUUGACCGAAACACUGGAGAUAUUAACAUAACAGCCAUAGUGGAUCGAGAGGAAACGCCAAGUUUCCUGAUCACAUGUCGGGCUUUAAAUUUCCUAGGACAAGAUGUAGAAAAACCACUUAUAUUAACAGUCAAAAUUUUAGAUGUGAAUGAUAAUGCUCCAGUAUUUUCACAAAGCAUAUUUAUGGGUGAAAUUGAAGAAAACAGUGCUUCAAACACACUGGUGAUAAUACUAAAUGCCACAGACGCAGAUGAACCAAACCAUCUAAAUUCUAAAAUCGCCUUCAAAAUUGUCUCCCAGGAACCUGCAGGCACACCUAUGUUCCUCCUAAGCAGAAACACUGGGGAAGUCCGUACUUUGACCAAUUCUCUUGAUCGAGAGCAAGUCAGCAGCUACCGUCUUGUUGUGCGUGGUGCAGACCAAGAUGGAGAAGGAUUAUCGACACAAUGUGAAUGUAACAUUAAAAUAAAAGAUGUCAAUGAUAACUUCCCAAUGCUUAAAGAAUCUCAGUAUUCAGCACAGAUUAAAGAAAACACUUUAAAUUCUGAGUUACUUAGAUUUCAAGUAAUAGAUUGGGAUGAAGAAUACACAGAUAAUUGGCUGGCUGUGUAUUACUUUACCUCUGGGAAUGAAGGGAAUUGGUUUGAAAUAGAGACCGACCCCAGAACUAAUGAAGGCAUCCUGAAGGUGGUUAAGGCUCUAGAUUAUGAACAACUACAAAAUGUGCAAUUUAGUAUUGCUGUCAAAAACAAAGCCGAAUUUCAUCAGUCCGUAAUCUCUCGAUAUCGAGUUCAGCCAACUCCAGUAAUAAUUCAAGUGAUAAAUGUGAAAGAAGGAAUUGCAUUCUAUCCUACUUCCAAGAUAUUCACUGUACAAAAAGGCAUAAGUAGUAAAAAAUUAAUUGAUUAUAUCUUGGGAACUUAUGAAGCCAUCGAUGAAGACACUGGCAAAGCUGCUACAAAAGUCAAAUACUUCAUGGGACGUAACGAUGGUGGUUUGUUAACCAUUGAUUCAAAAACUGCUCAAAUCAAAUUUGUUAGAAAUAUUGAUCGGGAUUCUACUUUUAUAGUUAACAAAACAAUCACAGCUGAAGUUCUGGCCAUAGAUGAAACUACGGGUAAAACUUCUACAGGUACGAUAUAUGUUAAAGUACCCAAUUUUAAUGAAAAUUGUCCAGCUGUUUUCCUUGAAAAGAAAACAGCGUGUAGUCCAUCACCUUCUGUGGUCGUCUCCAUCAGAACACUGGACGGGGAUAAAUACUCUGGCCCCUACACAUUUUCACUGGAGCAACAACCUCUAAAGUUGCCAGUUAUGUGGAGUGUCACAUCACUCAACGCUACCUCAGCACUCCUGAGAGCCCAGCAGCAAUUAUCCCCUGGAGUAUACAGAAUCUCCCUCAUGUAUACGGACAGUCAGGGAAGGCAGUGUGAGACACCUGAGAGCUUGAUUCUAGACGUUUGUCAGUGUGACGACAGGGAUGCCUGCAGAGCUACUUCUGACACAAAUAGAGAUCCUACAAAGAACUAUGGAAAGCGGCCCUCGGGCAGGUUAGGGCCUAACGCCAUCGGCCUACUCAUCCUCGGCCUGCUGCUGCUUCUGUUGGCGCCCCUUCUGCUGCUCACCUGUGACUGUGGGGCAGGUCCUAUUGGUGGUGUGACAGGUGGUUUUAUCCCAGUUCCUGAUGGUUCAGAAGGAACAAUUCAUCAGUGGGGAAUUGAAGGGGCUCAACCUGAAGACAAGGAAAUCACAAAUAUUUGUGUGCCACCCAUAACAGCCAAUGGAACUGAUUUCAUGGAAAGUUCUGAAGUUUGUACAAAUACCUAUGCUGGAGGAACAGUAAUGGAAGGGGCUUCGGGAAUGGAACUGACCACUAAGGUUGGGGCUUCUAUGGGAUCUGGAGCUGCUGCAGGAUUUGCAGCAGGGACAGCCUCUGGAGCUGCUGGAGGGUUUGGAGGAGCCAAUGCAUGUGUCACCUGUUCCGCCGCGGGGCAGUCUGGUACAAUGAGAACGAGGCACUCCACCGGAGGAACCAAUAAGGACCAUGUUGAGGGGUCAAUAAGCAUGACUUUCCUGGACACCUACUUUGCUCAGAAAGCGUCUGCCUGUGCAGAGGAAGAGGAGGUCCGGGACACGAAUGACUGCCUAUUGAUCUAUGACGACGAAGGCGCGGAUAUCCCCCGUCCUCCCAUCGACUCCCUGAGUUGUUGCAGUCUUCUCCCCGAGGAUGACAUCGAUGAUCACUUCCUAGACUCCCUUGGCCCCAAAUUUAAAAAGCUUGCAGAGAUAACCCUUGGUCUUGAUGACGAAUCCAAACAAGCUCAGUCAUCCGCUAAAGACAGCGGCUCUGGGGUUGACUCCUGUGGCCUGGCCGUCAAAGUCCCACAGUCAGGGUCUGCUCAGUGCCAGACUUUGUCAGGCAGGCAAGGCGCUUCUGCUGUGCACGCUUCUGUGUGUGUGCAACCCGCCAUUCCCAUCCCUGACCCCCUGCAGCAUGGCAGCUACUUACUAACCGAGACUUACUCGACCUCUGGUUCCCUCAGGCAACCUUCCACUAUGGUGUUUGAUCCACUUCUCACCCAAAACGUAACAGUGACCGAAAGGGUCAUCUGUCCCGUUACCAAUGUUUCUAGCAAUUUAACUUGUCCAGUGGAAAUACGAGGGUCACGUACUAUGCUCUGUACAGAAGAUCCUUGUUCCCGUCUGAUAUGAUCCGAAUGAAAUAAUGCAUUUUCUGAAACUGGAUAUUUAGGCCAAAUUCUUGAAAAUACCAUAGCAAAGCUCAUCGUAUGGGAUGAAUUUGGCACUUAUUACUCAGCUUAUUUUCAUAAAAUGACCAUGAUUGUAAUUUAACUUUUCUAGUCCAU